AUGUCUCUGGAGUUGACGUUUAAUCCUGAUGUCCAGCUGACGGAGAUGAUGCGUCUGCGCGUUCAGUCUCUCCAACAACGAGGACAGAAACGCCAAGAUGGAGAACGUCUCCUUAAGUCCAAUGAGCACAUCUACAGUCUGGACUUCUCCGAACAGGCCUUGCAUUUCACCCGCUGGAACAUACGCAUUUCCAACCCGGGACGCCUGAACAUCAUCGCCACCUCCCAGCUCUGGACGCCCGACCUCACGCACCUGAUGACCCGGCAGCUCCUGGAACCCACUGGGCUCUUCUGGAGAAGCGCAGACGACGAGACCAUUCAGUGCUAUGAGGCAGACGCACAGGAAUUUGGUGAAAGGAUAGCAGAGCUGGCCAAGGUGCGAAAGGUGAUGUAUUUCCUGUUCGCCUUUGAAGACGGCUUGAGUCCGGAGAGCGUUGAGUGCUCCAUUGAAUUCCAGACCUCCAAGUGA